AUGGCCGACAUUCCUGCUGCUUCGGCGGCGCCGGCAUCCUCUGCGCCCGACCUGUCCACGCUCACUGCUGCCGUGUCGUCCGCCACGCUCUCCGACGAUGGCAGCGCCACACUCUCGCGCCGCGGCGAGCACGGCGCCAACACGUUCCAGCUGCCCGAGGGCCUGAAGCGGCUGCUGGCCAACAUGUACGACCCGGCCACCAACCCGCAAGGCAUCAUCAACGCCGGUAUUGCAGACAACUCGCUGUGCCGCGACGAGCUGCUGCGCUAUCUGCUUGCGCCGCACAGGCUGCAGCUCUCCCCUGCCGACCUGACGUACGCGGAUCGGUUCACCACCUCGACGCGGCUGCUCGAGGCCAUCGCCAAGCUCUUCAACGAGUACUCCCCCGAUUGGCCCGACACGACGCACUCGCCCAGGCCAAGGAAGGAGGUGACGGUGGAUCAUAUUGCGAUUGCGUCGGGCGCGACAGGGAUCCUGGACGAGCUGUUUUGGAAUCUGUGCGACGAGGGCGAUGGCGUGCUGCUGAGCACGCCGUACUACAAUGCGUUUGACAACGACCUUACCAGCCGCGCCAAGGCACAGGUGGUUCCGGUGCAUCUGCCGUUACCUGACGUAGCGGGGGAGAGGUUGGAUAAGACGGCGUUUGCGAGAGAGACGGUGGCGGCGUACGAGGCUGCGUACGAGCGCGCUGCGAAGCAGGGGGUGAGGGUGCGUGCGCUGCUGCUGUGUAACCCGCACAAUCCGACGGGCACGAUCAUUCCACGCGAAACCGUGAUCGCACUCGCCCGACUCGCCGCCAAACGCAAGAUGCAUUUUGUGUCGGACGAGAUCUAUGCGCGCUCGUGCUUCACCACCACGGAUGUACCCGACCCAGCGGUGUUCCACAGCAUCCUGUCGGUGGAUGUAGACAAGGAGUGUGGGUUGGACCCAGCGUACGUGCAUGUGGUCACGUCGGCAUCGAAGGACUUUGCAGUCAACGGGUUCCGACUGGGCGUGCUCGUCUCCCAACACAACCCGGCACUACUACGAGCCAUGGCUUCGGUGGGACUGUUGUCGCAGAGUGCUUCGCCAGCUGCAUCGCUCUGGCACACAUGGCUCUGCGACGAAUCCUUUUUGCGAUGGUACCUGGCCGAGAACCGUCGACGCCUUGCGCGCGCCUACGAAUACACCGUCGAAUGGGCACGCCUCGCCGGUGUCCCCUACUACCCCUCCAACGCCGGCUUCUUUGUGAUGCUCGAUUUCAGCGCAAAGAUCGACAUCACCCCCGGAAUGGAUGAAAAGGAGGCGGCGAGGAGGGAGGAGGAGUUUGUGGAUCGACUGUUGGAUUGCGGGGUCUUUGUGGCUCCCGGUGCGCAGUACCACCAUCCGAAAAAGGGAUGGUUUAGGUUCACGUUUAGCAUGCAGCCCAAGACGCUUAAGCUCGCACUCGAACGCACCGAAGAGGCUCUGCGGCUCGACAAGAGCGUCGAGAAGAAUAGACCACUGCUCAGUCUGGACUCGGGCGGUACUCCGGCCCCCGAUGCGGGAAAGAGGCAAAGCUGGAUUCAAAAGCUUGUUGGCUAG